AUGCAGUUGGAGAAGAUAAAAGAACAAGUAGUUGCCUAUGUAACUUCGCCUUCGCAUGGAUCUUCGUCGCCACUACUACAGCUAACCCAUGGAACUUCGUCUUCGCAUGGUUAUGGACUUCGUCUCUGCUGUCUGCAAAUUAAUGGUGUCGUUAAUGUUUCUCAAGGACGCAAACGAAAUUAUGAACAAUCAAGUAUUGAAGAAACCAAAAGGCUAAAAAGAAAAGAUGAAGCCGAUAGCAGCAACAUAGAAUCAACUUUUAACUCUGAACUGGAACCUAAUUAUGAUAUAAAUAUCAGCAAUGAAGAAAUAUUGGAUUUUGAUCCACUAAGUGACAUAGAAUCUGAUAUUAGUGAAACAGAACCUGAUAGUGGGUUAUCUUCUGUACGAAAAUAUCCAGAUGAAGAUAGUCCAAAAGAUAUUUGGCUCUUACCAUCAGGAAAAUCGAUAAAAAACAUAAUUCGUGGUCCAAAGAAUCUUCACAUGUCUCACCUAUCAUUUCUAGAUAUUAUACGUAUUGGCUCAGAAGUCAGGAAGCCAGAAUGGAUUAAACAAGAGGAUUGGGAUUAUUUAAAUUCAAAAUUCACCAAAUGGGUCACAUUUGACCGUGAAAAUGAUAUAGAAAUGAUAUUUGUAACAGAUGUCUUAUCAUGUGCAAAGAACGUAUUCAACACUACAUUGACUUUCCAUUGUAUAAAUAAGAAUGAAGCAUUAUUGGGAUCCCUUAUGAUUCAUCCAGUACUACAAUACCUUCGUUUAUUACGACGUGACCUCAGACCUGAUGAUGAUAAACCAUUAGUCAUGAAAGUAGAUGGUUCUUUCCAGUUCCCUGAUGAAAGGGGAGUUGAAAUUAGCAUGGUCGAAUUAUCUGGUAGAUAUUUAACCAAGGACAUGCCUCGUUAUUUAAAAGAUCAUGUAAAGGGGUAUUGGGGAUGCCGUGAUCUCCUCAAUGAUAUAAUAAUAAAAUUUAAACAUAGUGACUAUAAGAUUCUGAGACGUUUGCGUCUUCAAGUACAAAUCUGGGGUAUGGAUUUAAAUGUUUCCAAAAUUUAUCGAAUGUUUCUAAUUGGUACCUUCCAAUUUCCGAUCAGUUGGGAGAAUCAUCAUGAACUGGCAUGCGCUAAGGGUUUUGCAAAAUCUAAGAAUGAUUCUCUCAAAGUAUUUGAAGAAUUAAAAAAAUCGCAUUGUCGAAAUACUCUAAAAAGUUAUAUAGGUGAUGCUAAGAGUUCACCACAAAAACCUAUCGGAAAAAAUCACUAUUCUUGUGAUGGAAUUAUUGAUAUUUUACAAGAAUUUUCUUUACCUAUUUAUAUUUUUGAAGCUUAA